UUUCCCAAUUUCCGUUUAACAGAGAGAAGACUUUUUUUUAAAUCAUUAUUUUUUCGGGGUUUUCACCUUUAUCUGAGAGGACAGCAGAGAGUACUGACCGGAAAGCACGCGGAGCAGAGAGAGGGAAAGGACCGGCACAGGACCGCGAGGUGGAAUCGAACUUGGGUCGCCAUGAGCACCGGAAUGCAUGUGUCGACGCACCAACCACCACACCACUGGCGCCGACAAUAACUGAUUUAUUUGAUGUUUGCCAUGAUGACAGUGAAAAUUAUUUCACUAGAUAUUUAUCUUUAUCUUUAAGACACUUCUAUACAGCUGAAAGUGACAUUUAAAGGCUUAACUAGGUUAAUUAGGUUAACUAAUAAGGUUAGGGUAAUUAGGCAAGUUAUUGUAUAACGAUGGUUUAUUCUGUAGACUAUCAGAAAAAAAAAAUAGCUUAAAAGGGCUAAUAAUUUUGACCCUAAAAUGUUUUUUUUAAAUUAAGAACCGCUUUUAUUCUAGCCCAAAUAAAACAAAUAAGACUUUCUCCAGAAGAAAAAAUAUUAUCAGACAUACUGUGAAAAUUUCCUUGCUCUGUUCAACAUCAUUUGGGAAAUAUUUAAAAAAAGAAAAAAAAUUCAAAGGGGGGCUAAUAAUUCUGACUUCAGCUGUAUAUGUAAUCAUGCAGACUUUCACCAGAAUUUUAAAAUCAGCUUCCUACUUUCAUACAAAACCUCAUGCAAUCCUUUAACAAGCACUAUAUAAGUAACACUGUGAAUGUACAAAAGCUAAUGAUUGUCCUGCUGGCUUUCUGCAAUAUUCUGCAGAAUAAAAGUGAAUCAAUGAUGCAGCCUCUUGGCAUGGCAUUGAUUCAGAGUUGAAAGCCAACAAAAAUAGCACACCAAUAUAGAAACAAGCAACCUUUAGAAAUGAGCCACUUUGUUCUCUUAAGAAUUAAUUAGACAUAAAAUCCCCAUAACAUAAGAAACACACAAGAUCACAUUCCAAUCCACAUCGCUCAUUAACAAUCAAAAUCAUUGACAGUCCAACUGAAAAUCAUUGACCGUUUCGAGGAGCUCUCUUGAGAGGUGAUUUUUAGACAUUAACUCUAGAAGCAUCGCUCAAAGGUUCACGAAAUGGGAGGAGUGAAGCAAUAUAAAUGGCAGAAAUGGUCAUCUAUUCUGUGGCCUGUCACUAAAGCAAAUGCUUUGAAAGGACCAUCCAAUCGUCAACUAUUACAGCAGUGAGUGGAAGACACUGGAGAUUUUCAAGCUAUGUUAAUAGAGGAGCGCUUAUUAACACUUUUCAAAAGGAACUGUCAACAUACGCUGACAUACUGGAGUGUGUUCUUCAGCUUUGGACUGAGCAUUGCUUUUCUGGGGCCUACCAUCCUGGAUUUGAAAUGCCGGACCGGCUCUACGCUGCAGGAGAUUACCUGGGUUUUCUUCGCCCAGCAGCUCUGUCUGCUCAUCGGCAGCUCCAGCGGAGGAGCUUUCACCAAAACGUUGUUCAGUGCUCUGCUCGCUCUCUUCCUCUCAUCCCUCAUCAUCUCUGUGGUUUUUUCCAUCAUACCACUUUGUUAUAAUGUGCUGCUGCUGGCGAUAGCAAUGGCAGUGUCAGGUCUGGCCAUGGGCAUCAUCGACACCAUUGCAAACAUCCAACUGGUGUCCAUUUAUAAAAAAGACUCUCCUAUCUUUCUGCAGGCUCUGCACUUCUUCAUUGGUCUCGGUGCUCUAUUGAGUCCUCUGAUUGCAGAGCCUUUCAUAUCUGGCCACUGCCUGCGCAGUAAUAGCACAGAAAACGCCACUGAGAUAAUUCACCACUUCAGAUCCAGCUUCAGGUCGCCUGUAAAUCUGCCCGAGAGUUCGCCGCUCUCAGGCCCGGUGGAAGAGAGGAACGUGUCCUACGCCUUCUGGAUCAUGGCUCUCAUUAAUCUGCCGGUGCCGAUUGCAGUUUUUGUGUUGAUGUACCAAGAGAAGCUGCUGCCCUUUUGUCCAAACAGCAGCCCACGACUGCUGGACAAAGAUGAGCUGGCCAUGGAGACCAAAGCACCAGACAACACAGAAAUGGCUGAAUUAGAUGACGAAGUUUUUCUUCACUCUGGACAUGGAAACAUCUUCAGCUGCUGUAUGGAUGGUGCUCUGCGUGGGUUACCCGUCACAUUCUUUCUCAUCCACAUUUUUGGUGGUAUGGUGCUGUUUAUGACAGAGGGCAUUAUGGGGGUCUAUGCUGGCUUUGUUUACACAUACGCCGUUUCACCUCCCAUGUCUCUGCAAUCUAAAAUGGCAGGAAACCUGAACUGUAUCUUCUGGGCAGCCAUCACUGCCGGACGACUGGUGUCAAUCCCGCUAUCAUACCGCUUUAAAACAGUACAUCUGCUCCUCACUAACCUGGCUGGUGUGAUUGUGACAUUGCUGCUGUUAAUGAUCCUCUACACAAACAGAGUGUUUCUGUUUGUGGGAACAACCUUUCUGGGGCUUUUCAUUAGCAGUGUUUUCCCCUGCUUAGUGGCCUACACUGAGGACAUUCUGGAAUACCGUGGAUGUGCAACAACGGUCUUGGUGACAUUGUCAGGAAUGGGUGAGAUGACGCUGCAGGUGCUGGCUGGAACACUUAUUCAGAAAAAAGGCAGUUACAGUUUUUUGGUGUGUGGUUUGGUCAUUGGAUGCCUCGGUUUCAUCUUUCUCCUGAGUGUGAUCCUGAGCAACCACUUCCACAGAAAAAUCACAGGAGCAUCUAAAAAAGCAGAAAUUGCUGAAGGUCCAGCAGCCUCUGCUUCAGAGAAAACAGCACCAGAACACAAAACUGCUGUAAUACAGCCUGAAUGCAUCAAAUGUGACUUCGGAUUAGACCAUAAUGAGUCAAAAUCUGCUGAAAAUACUUAACAAUAUGACUAAACUGUAAACAGUGAACGUGUUUUUAUUAUAUUUGUGUAAAAGAACAAAAGGUUUAAAAAAAACAUACACAGUGAUGCAAUAUAUUAUUAUGUAUUUCUGCAAAGUUUGGUAUUUAGUUGUUUUGUAAUUGUUUCUUGCAAAUAACCCUGACUGUUCAAUUCUAAAUAUUUACUGGACUAGCAAAUGUUUAACAAUUACAAAAGUGGAAUGAUGUAAUUUAUAACAUUCAAUGGGUACAUAUUAUAAAUAAAGUUUUGUACUUUACCCAA